AACAUGGCGUCCUCCACCGGCGGAUUGUCAGCUUUGGACGGCGGAGAAAUGAUGCGCUACGCGGAGUACAGCCCGAAAGGGAGCUCGAGGAGCGACGCGGAGAUCGACCGGCGGCUGGGUGGUACGCUGAUUGCAGUCGGCCUUGGGGUGGCUGCUGCCGGUUUUGCAGGUCGCUACGCCUUCCAGCUGUGGAAGCCCCUUGGCCAGAUGUUCUCGGAAACGGUGCGCAAGAUGCCGACAUCUGCAUUCUCGUCGUACUACAAAGGAGGCUUCGAGCAGAAGAUGUCCAAGCGGGAGGCCAGCCUCGUCCUUGGCAUCAGUCCAGUCAGUGCAAAGGCCAAAGUACGCGAGGCACACAGGAGGAUCAUGGUCCUCAACCAUCCCGAUAAAGGAGGUUCACCGUAUCUCGCCGCCAAAAUCAACGAGGCCAAAGACCUUCUGGACAAAGACAUGCGGCGGUGACCACCGUCAUCGUUUCCCAUCAUCUCUUGCACAGUCCAGGCCACAAAAUAGGGACAUCCACCUUACCCUUUUUUGAUCACGCCCAUGUACUAAUAUUUAAUAACUGUCCUCUUAUUUUUUGGGUCAAAUUGACCCAUGUCAAAAUAUAUAAAAGUUGUGACAGGUUAGUUGUUUUUAAGUUAUGAAAUUUAAUAUGCUUGGCUGUGUUGUGGUUGUAUUUUUGUUACAGAACUGUCUUGACAAUUAAACAUCCCCCAGAUACAAUUGGCCCAUUUUAAAGGGGGGAAAAUAUAUAAUUACAGUUAA